AUGCCGUCGCGGUCAUUCUACUGUACGUACCCCGACUGCGGGGCGAAUUAUCGACGCAGGGAACACCUGAAGCGCCAUGUGGCGGCGCAUCAUGAGAAGGAUGAUCGCUUUUCCUGCCCUUAUUGCGAGAGCAGCUUGACUAGAAGGGACAAGGCUUGCAGCGCAUGUCACGGUCGGAAAGAGCGCUGUCACGGUGGUUUCCCAUGCAGUGCGUGUGAGAAACGGGGCGUCCCAUGUCUUUCUAAGGACAGUGCACCGGAAGAACAGCGUGCUGUGGAUGACAACGUGGAGAUGAUACUCUCCCACCGGGUCCGCCGGCCGAGUCCAGCACCGGCUGAAUCCAGUAUCCCUAGCCCUCCUACCUCGGGGGCCCCGAGGUGGGUUGCGCAGGACUAUGUCGACAUUUACUUCCGGGAGUUUCAUCCGAGAUGGCCGUUUCUCCACCGGGGCACGUUCGAUCUAUCCCACGAACCUUGUAUCCUCAUCCAAUCAAUUGUCAUGAUCGGAUUAUGGAUCGAAGGCGGCCGAAAAUCGAGGGACUCAGCAAGAGAUCUACAUCGCAAUCUGUGUGCUGCCAUUCGCUCUCAAAUGGACCGCUGGUAUGUGCUAGAUUCCACACCCGACGGAAAUCAGAAUACCCCUUGGCCGAUCGCCACAUUCCAAAGUGUGCUCCUGCAGUCCAUAUUUGCGUUACUUCUUGCAGGUGACCAGGCUGCAUUUGAUUUGAACCUGCGCUACUACAUCCAAACGGACGAAUACGAGCUGCUCCUGGCGCUCGUGCAGACCUGCCGGCGAAGCCGCAUCUUCUUCUAUCCGGCGAUGCUUGCGCAGCACAGCGCCACGGCGCCGCUGGCUAUGGUGUGGGUGAGCGUGGAAGAGAUCAAGCGGCUGGGACUAGCCCUGUACAAAGUGUGUCGGAUGACAGCAUGUGCGGGAUCGACGGAUGGCGAUCGCAGCCGUGGCAGAGAUGAGCUGUUGACUCUGGCUGAUUUGUCGUUCAGCAUGCCUGAUAGUGAUGAGCUGUGGGAUGUGGAGUCUGGCUCCUACCAGAGGACUGCUUUGCAAACCACCCUCAGAGAUAAUCGGGAUCCGACUAGUUGGGUCUCUGCUUCUGCCGAUGUACUUUACGACGCAGGCGUCGAUUUUGACUGGAUAUAGAGUGGUACCCCGGGGAGGAGUUGAAAACACACCUUCGUGAUGACAUGCGUAUUCCCUUAAGUGGGUACAUAUUGGGACCUGUAUCAUUCGAAUGCAGCCAGACAUGCCGCAUUUAAAAACCAUAAUCACACAUAUGAGCACGAAGGUGGCGGUCAGCGAUGGAGUUACAUACAGGAUUGACAGCAGGGAUAGGUUUGGAAUGAGUAAGGUAAAAUUUGAGUGCCUGCGCUGCUUAUGA